GGGUCUUGAUCGACGGCGGCGGCGGCGGCAGCGACGGCGCCCAACCCAUCGUGCCAGGCAGCAAGUUGGCCGGGCCGCGAGUCUCAAUCCUCAAGCACCCUCCCGUGGCGCCGGACGUCGUUGUUGCCGCGCUCAGACCGAGGCCACGUGCUGACAGUGCUGCCCCCUAGGUGCCCUCGUCAUGCGGCAGCAUGACCUCUAAGUUCAUCGACACGAUGCUGCCCAAGUACAGCGGCCAAGACACCUCUUCGUACACCCAGUCCGCCUCGCACCACGCACGAAUGUACCCCUACGUGUCCAUGGGCACGCACCAGCAGGCCGCGGCCGCGGCGGCUGCCUUCAACGCGGCCGCGGCCGCCUCCAGCACCAUGGUGCCCUUCUCGACGUCGCUCGCGGCCGCGGCCGCCUCCGUGUCCGACUCGGACAAGUCUUGCCGCUACUCGAACCCGGCCACCGGCCUCUCGGCCGCCGACUCCAUGGUCAACUACACGUUGGGUCACCAGAACGGCUCGGCGGCACCCUCCUCAAUGGCCGCUGCCGCGCAGUUCUACCACCAGACGGCGGCCGCCGCCUCCGACCCUGCCAACCCGCUCACCACGGCCUGCACGCAGGCCUCCGGCCAGCCCCUACCUGACAUCCCCAGGUACCCUUGGAUGUCGAUAACUGAUUCUCUUUUUGGUUCUCUAGAUUGGAUGAGUCCAUUCGACCGGGUCGUCUGUGGUCCAUAUGACGGUCUAGGCAGUCCCAACGGCUGUCCGCGGAGGCGAGGCCGGCAAACGUACACCCGCUUCCAGACCCUGGAGCUGGAGAAGGAGUUCCAUUUCAACCACUACCUGACGAGACGGCGGCGGAUCGAGAUCGCGCACGCGUUGUGUCUGACGGAGCGCCAGAUCAAAAUCUGGUUCCAGAACAGACGCAUGAAGCUGAAGAAGGAGCUUCGUGCCGUCAAGGAGAUCAACGAGCAGGCGCGUCGGGAACGCGAGGAACAGGAGCGGAUCAAGAGCCAGCAGCAGCAGCAGCACGAAAAGGCGGCCAAGCAGCACGCCGAGCAGCUGCACCAGGCCACCAAAUUGGCCAUGGACAAGGCGCUGAUGGGCGGCGACCUGAUCAAGGGCGUCGGCAAGGCCUCCUAAGCACCCUCCCUCCCUCCUGGUCAACGGAGAUGAAAAUCACCCGCGCAAUCGUAUCCACCGUUGUUUUAGUUAGUCGCCGUAUUUUCUUUUGGUUCUCUGUCUCAGUGGACGAACUUUGAGUUUUUGAGAGGAUACUCAUUGAGAUGAUGAAUGCCAACGAAAUGAAGACGAUUUCCUGCCAUAGCAGCAUUUAGUACGCACGCGCAGACGCUGACUGCCGACUUAGGACGUUUUUCCCCGCCAGACAGGUGAUCCGAUCUGUGUGUGCUUCAGGAAAGAAAAAACUUUUUCAAGCAAGGUUUUUAUUAUGUAUGAUUUUGUUUGAGUUCCAGAGACUCGAAAUUCUCUUUGAGUUGUGUUGCCAGGCAGCUCUCUUUGGUUGUGAGUGUUUCGGACACUGUAUAAUAAUAAUAAUAUGAAUCAUAUUAUUAUUUUAGCUGUUGUUAUUAUGUGACUGAUUCUCUCUACUGCUACUAAUACUAUUGCAGAAACAAUUAUGCGUAAUUAAUUGUACAAUUAUCGAGCGAUUAUCAUGAUCAAUGACACACAAAGGAAAAAAUCGACAUAAUACAAAUGAAACUCUUGCCGUACGGAAUGUGCGAAUUCCGCCAAAUUUGUGCCAAGUAAUUUUUAUGACAACGAUCCUCUGCAAAUCUCUCUUCGCGUCAGUCCCUCCAAGCAUUGAGCGACGUUUCCCUAGUAAACACAGGGCUUUGUUCUCUCUUUCUCCUUUUGGACAUAUUCCAGCCCCUCCUGAGCAAAGAGGCUGCCUCUCUUUGGCAAAUUCACCCUUUGCGUUUAUUCUUUUCACUCGGUGUCACUUAUUAUCUCCAAACAAACUCGAGGAUUUCUCUUCUGAUCAUUUUCCCUCCGUUCGCGCCCACUUCUUCAGGGGCUCGUUGAGAUAUUUUUAUUUUAUUUUUUUAAAUGACAUUAUGAAUUUUACCAUAAAUAUGAGUACAUAUACGUAAUUUGGUGUCAGGGUAGGUAAAAAAUCACAGCAGCAGUUGUUAAAAAAAUAGAUACAAAGCGCAGGCCCACCGGAAUAACAUCAUUUUUGGAAAUGCGCACGCAAACGAGCACAAAUUUGCUUCUUUUUAGCAGAUUUGCUGUCCAAGUGGCGUAAUCAAUCUGGUGUGCGUGAUUCUGGACGGUGCACCAGCAGAAUGGAGGCAGAUGGCACAGUGUCUCGAGUAUCACUAAAUUGUAAACGUGUGUGCGUGUGACAUCUCAAACCGAAAAACGUAAGGAACACUUUCUUAAAUUACACUAAAAUCCAAGAUGACGUAAUUAAAAGUAAUAUCUCUUAUUAUACACAGCUAUCUCUAACGUUAAAAUAAAAGAAUAGGAUAUUUUAAAAGAAAAUUUUGAACGCACUGACGAAUGUACGUAUAGUUGGUAAGGACGAUCCAAUUUUCGAACCAUCAAAACACAAAAGGCGUUUGGGGUUGGAACAAAAACAAAUAUUGAAAAUUCGUGUAUCCUUUCUAUAGAGUGUAAGACGUUAAAAAGCAGAAAACACGCUCUCGUACAUGUGCUUCAAAAGAGUCGUCUUUAAUUGGGUAGACACAGGUGGGUUCUGCAACUCCAUUUUCCAGUUCACUCUAUUCGGAUCUCAUCACGUUUUAGGGCCUAUAUUUGUGCGUGACUUCGCGAGCAACUAUAUGUGUAUAUCUAAUAAAAUCAAGCUCUGAAAUGCAUUUCGGUGUCUUUAACAGUUUAAAACUAAAAUAUUUAGACGUUAGUGCUUCGAAAAAAGAAAAAGAAUGCAAGCGUGUGUGCGCGCGCGAGAGCUACAGGAGCGAAUUUUAACUCGUAAAUUUUGAGGAUUUUUGGCACAAAUUCACCAAAGUUGCAAACUUAAAACUUGUAAAUAAGAGAGGAGUUUUAUCUCUUUUCGUCGGCGCCUCCGCGAAAAAAAACUGCACGCUCGCUGCUGUUUUCAUUUUGGCGGCCCAAAAGGCGGCCGACUUUAUCUCUCUCGGUAUAUAACUUCUAAUUUCCAACUUUUAAAUAACACCCGCCGAUUAUUCGCAGCACCAGCACCCCUAAAUCCCGGCCAAACUUUCAUCCGCAGCGCAGCCAUUUCUCUUCAUUUGAAAAAAGACUUUGAGCCAGCUCUCUCUCCCCCACGCUAUAUGCUGCUUUCCAAAAGUAAUUUCGCCGCCAUCCCUGUGUGUGUGUGUGUGCUCGCACUGCACAUCGCAUUUUGCAUAUUACACAGGCGAAUUUAUUUUCUCAUUAUCUCCCAGCAGCAUCCCGCGUCGAGUAUGAGAAUUUAAUGCCCAUGUAAUAUUUUAAUACGCUCCUCCAUCAGGCCGGCAAUAAAUUUGUUUGGCGUGUGUCUGUUUGCAAAAAACAAGACCACCUACAUGCUCUGUCACGUCCUUUAAACUACUUUGUUAUUAGUACGGCUUACGCUGAGCGGAAAUUAAAAAUGAUAUCUCGAGAAAGUGUGUAAAUAAACUCGACUAACCGAAAAAGGUUUAAACCAACCGAAAAGAAAUAGGUGAUCCAGCCACUCCCUGCCCAAGUUUAUCCGAAAAUCUCUCAAAUUCAAUUUUAGGACGUGUGAAUAUCGAAUAAAAAACCUUCACGUUAUUAAAGUAGAAAAGGCUCUGUAUGCUGUGAUAAUUAGCAAAAUGUUUCAUCAGCAAAUUUCCCAUACAGUUCACUGCAGAAAAUGCGAAUCAGUUAUGAUAAUUUAUAUAGAUUUUUAUUACCUUACGUAUACGGUCAAUUGAUUUGUGAAUUAUUACACUAUUCAAAAAUCAGGAGGAUACUGUGUAUAGAAGCAAUUUAAAUAAUAUCGUACUAAUGAUGUGUGAUUAUUAUUCACUUAAUAUGUGUAACAUAUUUGUUGUUUAAUUUGACACUAUUGCGCGCUACUUUCUUGUUCAAAAUUCAAGAAAACCUUUUUGCAAAUACUAAAUCGAUAAGGACACUUGUAUUUUGUUGUUAAUUGUGAGACCAUAUCGCACCUUUUUCCGAUUCGACAAAAAUAGCCAAUCCGGUGACAGCACUCUAAAAAGCAUUGAAUACUUAAACCGCAAAUAAUUUACCAGUAAUUGCGUGAGUGAGUCAUGUGCAAAAGGUCUGACUGUGUGUGCCACCAACAAGAAAAUAGUUUAUUUCUUUCAAUAUUAAUGUCGUGCACACUCGUCUGUGAGUGUACUGUAAACUUGGCUAAAUGAAUUUUUAAAACUCGAGUUAAACUUUUUGUUACCUCUUGCCACUUUAUUAACUUCUGAUGUUCAGGUAUGAAUCGAUUUGUGAGCAUAGUCUGUAUGUAAAUGAGACGAUUUUUAUCAGCAGUGAGUUGCACGAAUAAAUUCACGAAAGGUUUGUUAACGCUCAAGGAAAGAAAAUGUCAAACUACAAUUUUAUUGGAGUUGCACACCACAUUUAACUUUUUAAAUGGUAGGCGUUUUAGAGAAGUACACACACUUAUUGAAUACGUCUCUCUGCUCUGUCUGUGUUGUCGCUGUAAAUGUGUUACUGAUUAUUUGUGUAUGUAUAAAUAUAGGCCCUAGUGAUAAAAUCCAAUCUUGUGAAUUUAUAUAUAAAUGUUUUCAGUUGGCAAUCUUCUCACUCGUUGACGCAUGAAUUAGCCGAAAAUGUUGAAGCAGCCGAUUCCUUUUAUACAACUUUUUUGUUUUUCCUCCGUUUUUUCCACGUUUUCUCACAAAUAUAUUUGUUCCCAUUUUUAUUUGUUAUUAAUACUGCCGUCGCGGAGAAUGACUCGGCACCUCACUCAAGCAACCGUUGCGUUGGUUUAUAUUUAAUUUUGCAGCCUGUUUCACUGUACAAGUUAGGAGGAUUGGUUUACAAAUAUGAUUAUGCCGUAGGAUGUAACAUGUCUUUGUGAAUGUAGAUAGGAUAUUAUGAUGACCGAAUAAACGCAGCAGUAAUAAAAGUAUAAUUCAUACAAAAAAUC